CUAGGCGUUCAUAUAUCGACACGCUGUCACACACUGAUGGACGUAAAAUGCUGAGUUAUAGCGUCCUUUCGUUAUCGUCAGGUAACGUUAGCUUAGCUUCGGCUGUGGGAAGGGACUGGGCUAUGUCAUAAAAACUUUGGAGGGCAGCGACAAAAUGAAGCCAUCCAGCAGUGUGCCACGGACCUAAAAGAAAAACGGUUAAAAGAGAAAGCGGCUUGCAUUCGAUGAUGAGACUCCAUGGCUAUGUUUAAAGAAUGCGUGAUGGAAACAGGGUGUUCUGUGCUAAGGAACUGGAGGUGGGAGCGGUCAGUCUAUGCAGACCUGGCCAAGUGUGGUGACACUGCAGUGACUUACACCGAGCUUCUUUUUGGAAUGAGUUGAUUCUGGUACCCAUCCGGAAACCUUGGAGAGCAUUAUAUCUGCUCUUGUGCAGACUAUUUGAGUUGGGGUUACGUAAGAGGUAACCAACUGACACUUUUUUAGAUAAUAAAAUCCAGCUUACUGCUGCUCAGCAGAUCAGAUUGUUACUGCUGGUUGCAUCGAUUUCCCCUGCUGGCAUUGUUUGGCAUGCUGGAUCGUCCCCCCUGCCGCCAUCCUCAGCUUCUUUGACCCACCCAGUGCCUAAAUAAACCCUCUUGGGACAAUCACAGCAGUCAUUGUCAGCUGCUAUGCUCAGUCUGCUCUGUUUGCUUCCGAUCUAAGUCUGCUAUCCUUCCACCAACUACCUCUUUUUUUCCUGGUCCUAUCCUUUUACCAAUAUGUUAUUUUAGACAGGAAAUCCAGCACAUAAAGAUAAGCCCCUGAGAAUGAGAAACAAACAAGUACAAAUGAUUGAAAGUUUCUCAUGAACAAAGUUGUCUCGUCUCAAUAAUCAUAGGGUUGUUCCUGUGUAUUCGUGCCUGGCGGUGUUGUGUUUUCAUGGUUGCCAGGAGGAAAUUAUUAUUGGAGUUAUUUCCAUUAUUGCACCAAAAACUGUUGCAGUAAAGCCAUACGGAAAUAAAUUACUUUUACAAUUAUUUUUGUAUCAUAUUUCACUUAUAUAAACAUAUUUUUUUCUAGAGUAUUAUAAGGCACCUUUAUAGAUUCUAAAUAUUUGCUUGUCGAUCAAACAGAUUUGUAUUUUUGACCUUAAGGCUUGAGUUUUAGAGUUAUGGACCCAACUGAACAAGAACAACGAUCGGCCUUCUGACCGGUUAAGCACACCCACAACUCGGUUGUCCGCUCGAGUCCCACCUGUCUUCCACCUCUUACUGUUUUUGAUGCCGGGCUUCAAUGGGGGCAAUCUUGGGGGAGGAGUGGUUGGCGCAGCUUCUGCUCCUCCCCGUCCCUUUAAACCCAGCCGAUAUGUCCCAGUGUCUGCCGCCACCACAUUCCUUGUUGGAUCCACAACCCUCUUUUUCUGCUUCACCUGCCCGUGGCUUUCAGAACAUUUCUCAUCUGCCAUUCCAAUCUAUAUCGCUGUGAUCUUCCUCUUUACACUGGCCAACUUCUGCAUGGCCACUUUCAUGGACCCGGGUGUAUUCCCCAGAGCGGAGGAGGAUGAAGACAAAGAGGAUGAUUUCCGUGCUCCUCUCUACAAGACCGUGGAAAUCAAAGGCAUCCAAGUGCGCAUGAAGUGGUGCUCAACAUGCCGCUUCUACAGACCACCACGCUGCUCGCAUUGCUCAGUCUGUGACAACUGUGUGGAGGAUUUUGACCACCACUGUCCAUGGGUUAACAACUGUAUCGGUCGGAGGAAUUACAGAUAUUUCUUUCUCUUCCUUCUCUCACUAACCACGCACAUUGUAGAUGUGUUUGGAUUCGGGUUGGUUUAUGUUUUGCACCAUCGCCACCAACUUCACACACCCCAUGCUGCUGUCACUAUGGCGGUGAUGUGUGUUGCUGGUCUGUUCUUCGUCCCGGUUGCUGGACUCACCGGGUUCCAUAUUGUGCUGGUGUCUCGGGGACGAACCACCAAUGAGCAGGUGACUGGAAAGUUUCGGGGAGGAGUUAACCCUUUCACCAAUGGCUGCUUGCGGAAUAUUUCACAUGUGCUCUGCAGAUCUCAGGCCCCCAGAUAUAUUGGUCGAUGGCGGAAGCCCCAGUCAGUGGAUGUGCAACCUCCUUUUCUCCGACCGACUCUUACUGAGGCCCAGUUAGCAGCGAAGGUGCUGGACAAUGGCAUCCAGAAUGACCAGCACAGCACAAGGUCCAAGAGCAGCAUCGACCAAACAGAGAGCCAGUCAGCAGAUGCGGAGCCUCCCCCACCCCCUCCUCCUAAACAGGAUCUGCGAUAUCCAGGCCUGCCCCGCGCUGACACAGAGGAGAGCAGUCUGUUGACUGAAGCUCCAAACACACCAGCGAUGUGCAAGUAUCGGCCUCCGUACACCAGCCCUGGAAGAAACCACACUGCCCUCACGCACGCUAGCAAGAUGAUCCGCGGGGACAGUCUGGACUCUCCUUCUCCCUCCAUCUUGCAGUCCAGUCGCCAGCCCAGCUACCGAUCCGAACCUAGCAGCCUGGACGGGUCCACGGUGGGAGUGGGAGGGGUAGGCAUGCGCAGAGGGGGAGGGGAGAGGAGUGACGGCCCCGGGGGUCCUGGUGGAGUGUCAGGAGGCAUGUCGGGUUACUCCCUGACUGGACGCUCCAACACCUCCUAUCCAUCCUCGCUGGUGCUGUCUGCCGCCGGCUCUCACUCCUCCAGCCUGCGCUCCGCGCAGACAGCUCACAACCCACUGGCCACGCUCCACUCAGAGGGCACCACAGACACUAGCUACAAGAGCCUGGCCAAUCAGACGCCCCGGAACGGCAGCUUGUCCUACGACAGCUUGCUGACGCCGUCUGAGAGCCCAGUGUUCGAAUCGGCCGCCCACGAGCUGUCGCCACAAAAGACUCGCAGUCUGCUGCCCUCGCCGAAUAUCAUGGACAAAACUGGAAUGGUGUCAUCCGGCACCCCGCUGCAGGGCUACACCUCGCCCUUCCUCUCGGCUCAGAUCGCACAGCAGAGGGAGGGGCAGCUGCUCCAGGGCUCUGCCACUUUCUCCUCUCCCCACAGGGUCUACCUGCGUACUUCUGUCCCGCCUACUCCCACUUCCACUCGACCCCAGGAGACCCUGCACCUGCUCCAAAAUAACCAAGACUUCUCUUACGCCCACCGGAACCCUUCGUCAUCUUCCUCAUCACCUGGGGCGUACUCCUCCGAACCCCCUGUCUCCCCGCCCCCCCGCGGCCUCUCCCUCGGAAAGUCUCAGUCCUACACCGGGGAGGCGUUGUCUCAGAACCGACCCCGGCCUCCUGGAGGGGGCAACGUGCCGCGAGGCGGAGGAGGCCACCAGGUUGCACAGUCCUCCUCUCGCAUGAUGAUGGCCAAUCACACCUCAUCCAAGCCAGGAGGCGGGGUGAAGAAGGUGACAGGUGUCGGAGGAACAACUUAUGAGAUUUCAGUUUAGGAGGCGUCGGUUCGUCAGGCAACAUUGAGGGGGAAGGCCACUGGACAUCCGCCACUCACUGAGCCUGAUGGUGAGUGAGCCACUCUGAGAGUCAACGUGCUGCAGAGGAGGAAACUCUGGAUCCCCACCUUCUGAAUCUGAUCAUUGAGUGGGUGGUUUUUCCCUGGACGGCUGUCUGAGCGAGUGAUAGACUGAAUGCAAGAGUCUCUUCUUUACUCUGGUACGUGUGUGACACUUCUGACAGGACCUUCGGAGGGCGGUUUGCUGCAGCUGAGCAGAAAAACAAACCUUUAUUUUGUCAGAACGGACCACAGGACAAUCGUCGUGAGACGCCCCCAAAUCAUAAACGUCAUUUUAGUUUUGUAAAUCUUUGUUUUAAAAUAUUGUUUUAUAUGUACAAAUAUGUGUAUGAAAUCAUACAGAUCAUUACUGGGUACUAUUGUCAGGUGUUGAUAGCUGUUCCUGCGGGUGGCUGCUGUGUGUGAUUUUAUUCUUUUCUUAAUCCAGUUAUGAUUGACGGCUGCAUCAGCCACAGUCAUCCAAAGAGAACAAGGAUCUUUUGGAGGACAGUUGAGGAAGAUACAUUGUCUUUAUUGCUAAACGCCACAGGAGCUGCGUUCACAUUACCAAAUUGUGUGAUCGCGAUGGUCGACUUUUGUGACUUCUUUUUAUGUUAUGUGCUUUUCUUUUUUUUAAUUGUUUUUACAAUGCAGCCUCACACCAAAAAAAAGUUGUACAUUAUGCUCUGAUGGUUCUGUUGGUACGUGCCCUGCUAUAGUGAGUCAGUAGUUGGGACGAGUGGUUGAACUAACUGCAACAAUCACAAGAAGAGUCACACUAAAAUGUUUUACCUUUUCCGUGUCUGUUCGAUGCAUAUUUGCAAGGUUGGAAAAUGCAAAUCCCAAAUGCUCUUUUACGACGGUCAUGUGGACGUAGCCUGAGUCAUCGAGCGCCGCACACAGAUCUUUGUGGAAUGUACGCUUGCAAUGUUGAUGCCAUAGACAUUAUGCAAAAUCAGUUUGUAGCUUUAAGACCAUUACGUGUCCUGUGUUCAUUUCUUUAUGCUGUAAUGUUUGUUAAGGAGUGCAGUUUCUUGAACUUUAUAUCUCGCCAGACGGCCGUACAAUUGGAGGGUCAGUGAGGGAGGGGCUUAUUUAUUUUUCACCAACUCAUGCCGGGUCGCGUUCUGCACCCGUUUUGUUGGAUGAGAAGCGAAGUAGACUGAUAUUUUAUUAUGAGAUGUGUUAUAGAAAUUUUAUUUUAAAAGGUAAUUUUCUACAGAGCUAUUUUAUUCCUUUCCCCCUUCAGAGGCCAUUCAGUUAUUUUUCUACAGACACGGCGGUUUUAUUGACGGUUCGAUGUCCUGGUGAGUCCAGAUAAAGGGAAGCAUGUGUGCACAUUUGAUUUUAGACCUGGGCAUUACUCUGAAAUCAGUAUGUCAGCAGUAGAGGACCACAGUGGUGUUUGCAGUAAAUUAUUUCAGUGUAGCAUGUGUGUUUUUGGGGGGAGAAAAAUAAGCACACUUGAAGCACGCAGUGAACCCAAACUGCAGUUGGAAGUUUGUGACCCUCCCUGGCUCCGUCUUCAGUGUGCAUGAUGUUUGCUGAAUGUCGCUGGUGUGCAGAUGCGUGAGGACAUUUAUGAUGGUAACAGUUCAAGGCACAAGCAACCAGAAACGGCAGCCAAGUCGAGUGACGCAGAACAAGUUGAAUCAUGAGUGUAAAGAAAAAAAGUGUGAAAAAUAAAUAUUGCUGUAGUGGGGUGUGAUGAGUGGAACCACUUUUACGGUCAUCAGUACGAGAAUAUAAAAAUCCAAAAAUGGCCUUAUGUAUUUUUAAAAAAAUGUCUUCUCAAAAUAAAAGGUCGAACUGAGUGACACUGUG